UUCCAGAUGCUGAGAUUUCCAACUGAUUGAAGGGAAAAUACUUCUGAAAAGAGAAAUUAAGACUCCUUUACUUGCAAAUUAAGACUUUUUUACUUGCUUGGUGAAAUUUUGUCGAAAACAUGUCACUUUACGAUAUAUUCGGCGAAGAUCCAGUCCAUGAAAAGACAGACGAUGGUCGCUCAUCUAAAAAAGGUCUUCCAUCUGCUUUGCGACUUCUUCAGUCACAGAUACAUAUUAAAAAAACACAAUUAGCCCAGCAGCGAAGUGUGGUUACACCUGUUGUUGACUUAUCUGCAAAAAGUCGUCCCUCGAAGACAACUUUCUUAAGGCCUCAUAAAGCAAUGCCUCUAGGCGAUGGACCACCGCUUUCAUUCAUACCCAAAGCACUGAAAGAAGACAAGGUAUUUCUUUUUGGCGAAAUUUUGGUUGAAGAUGAAUAUAACCCUACAGCUCCAACUGAUUAUGCUAAACAUAAGCAAAAAAUGGAUGAGAGAAAAGCAAAAGAAAAAAUUGCGAAGGAAAUCGCUGAAAGAUUAAACAGGGAGCAUCAGGAAGAAAUUGCAAAACGUACAGCAGGAGCAGCAAUUGCACCGCCCAAAAUUCUCAUGGAAGAAGACAGUAGAGUUGAACCACCAGCAAGCCCUGACGCUGGCACUACGGCUUCUGAAAUGCCACCACCCUCAUUUAUUCCUUCAUUUGGUGCUGGAAAGGGGUUGGGGGUUGCUGCUAACAUUAUGUCCAAGUUUGGUUACAAGGAGGGUGCGGGUUUGGGACGAUCUGGUCAAGGAAUGAGCACGGCUUUAAAGGUUGAGAGGCUGGGCAAGAAUUCAGGGGUGAUAGUGAAUGAACACGAAUUAAAUGCUCGAGCUGAAGCAUCUGUGUCACCUCCUCCAUUGUCCACUAUAAAUGCAACACCAGCAGCGAAUAUGACUGAAGCCUUGAAGCAAUCAUCGCGCAUACUGUUGCUGCGGAAUAUGGUCAGCCCAGCUGAAAUUGAUGAUCAGUUGGAGCCAGAAGUGAAGGAUGAGAUGAAAAAAUAUGGGCAGGUCAAUAAAGUUGUCAUUUUCAGGCUCCUUCAAGCCAGCGAUGAUGAGGCAGUUCGUAUAUUUGUCGAAUUUACGAAUGUAGGUCAAGCCAUAAAAGCAUUCGUUGAUUUAAACGGACGGUUUUUUGGUGGUCGCUCCAUUAAGGCUUCAUUCUAUGAUCUCGAGGCUUACAAUGCUAAUCACUUUGAUCGAUGA